GAGCAGAACAGAGGAGGAAAAAAUAUUAAGACUAAAUAUUGCUGAAUAAAAAAGCUGAAAUCUUGGAGUUACUUGGAAACGGGGUCAAYSUUUAGAUUUUCUGAUUUGCUGUAACAAUGGCGCGCAGAACUGCGCUGCACUGCGGCCUUGCUUUUGUUUUUCUGUGUCUCCYCCUCGUCAGUGGAGACGUGAGCUACUCUGUUCUGGAGGAGAUGAAACGCGGAUCUGUGAUUGGYAACAUCGCAAAGGAURUGYGUCUGGAUCUGGGAACUCUGUCUGCUCGGAAGGCUCGUAUWGACACAGAAGAUAGCAGUGUGAAAUACUGCGGAGUGAAUCUGAACACCGGAGAGCUGARUGUGCAACAAAGGAUCGACAGAGAAGCUCUUUGUGCCAAAAGGGUGUCGUGUGUUGUYAAGCAGGAGCUGGUGCUGGAAAAUCCUUUGGAGCUUCAUCGAAUUAAUCUUCGCAUUCAGGACAUAAAUGACAAUUCACCACAGUUUAAGGAGGAUUCACUUAAAUUAGAAAUUCAAGAAUCUGCUGAUAAAGGUGCAACUUUUCUUCUUGAUGAAGCGCAUGACGCAGACAUCGGAGAUAACGCUGUCCAGGGCUACUCACUUCAACAGAAUGAACAUUUCAAGUUGAAUGUUAAAUCAAAAGGAGUUGGCCGAAAAUACAGUGAGUUGGUUUUAGACAAAGAGUUAGACCGAGAGGAGAAAAAGGAGAUUGUUUUACUUCUUACUGCGUUUGAUGGUGGAUCUCCUCAGAGAUCAGGUACUGUAGUUAUUCAUGUCUCUGUGCUGGAUGCUAAUGAUAACGCCCCAGUGUUCAGUCAGGCUGUUUAUAAAGCCACUCUGCCUGAAAACUCUCCUGCAGAUACUGUAGUGGUUACUGUUAGUGCUACUGAUGCAGAUGAAGGAGUGAAUGGAGAUGUAAGUUAUGAUUUUGGACAUGUUUCUGAGGAAGUGAAGCAAAUAUUUAGUAUUGAUCGUAAAAAAGGAGAAAUGCGCGUAAUUGGUGCUGUUGAUUUUGAAACUACAACAUCAUAUGAAAUACGCGUUAAAGCAAAGGAUGGACCUGGUACAGAGGUGGGCAUCAUUAACGUGCAGGACAGAGACUCUGAGMAGAACCGACAGGUGCGCUGCUCCAUCCAGCAGAAYGUUCCUUUUAAGUUGGUUCCUUCUAUUAAAAACUAUUAUUCUGUGGUGAGCACAGGACAGCUGGACCGUGAACUAGUGUCUGAUUACAACACUACAAUCAGCGCCACUGACGAGGGCUCUCCACCUCUGUCCUCCUCUAAAACUUUUCACUUAUCUGUAGCUGACAUCAACGAUAACCCACCUGUGUUUGAGGAACAGUCCUACAGCGCAUAUGUGAGUGAAAAUAACAAAGCUGGCUCCACUUUAUGUUCCGUUAGUGCUCGAGACCCCGAUUGGAGACAAAACGGUACAGUGAUUUAUUCUCUGUUAGCUGGUGAGGUGAACGGAGCCCCGGUGUCCUCCUAUGUGUCUGUUAACGGAGACACGGGGGUGGUCCACGCUGUCAGGUCGUUUGAUUAUGAACAGUUCAGGAGCUUUAAAGUGCACGUGAUGGCCAGAGACAACGGGUCUCCUCCGCUCAGCAGCAACGUGAGCGUGAGUGUGUUCAUAUCRGAUGUGAAUGACAACUCUCCUCAGAUCCUGUACCCCGCCCCGGAGGGCAGCUCCUUCAUGACCGAGCUGGUCCCCAAAGCUGCACACGGAGGCUCUCUGGUGUCCAAAGUGAUCGCGGUGGACGCGGACUCCGGACAGAACGCCUGGCUGUCCUAUCAUAUAGUCAAAUCCACUGAUCCGGGACUUUUCACUAUUGGUCUGCACAGCGGAGAGAUCAGGACGCAGCGGGAC